CUGCUACUUCUUCAAUUCUUCUAGAGAGUAGAGAGAGAAAAAUUAAAUGAGAGGAUAUCAGUAUACUACGCUGCUGCUGCUGCUGCUGCUGUCUAUGAUCAUCUCCUAGGUUUGGAUUUCCUGCGCUUUCUUGCUCCUCACCCACCAAACUACAAUAUAUAUACAUAUAUUGUAUCUAUCUCUUCAUAGGUAAUUUACUCCCCCCCGGUGAUCGAUUUUCUUCUUCUUCUUCUUCUUCUUCUUCACUUCGUAGUAAAGAUUCAAUCUUUGAGGGUUUUGGAGGCAGUAGUAGUCAGAAAGGCCAAAGGGGGAGCUUUUAAUCCGAUCUUUAAUCUUCAAUUCUCGAUCGAUUUUUAGCUAAUUGUUAGGGUAAGGAAUAGGGAUGGUGAUUCUGAAGUGAGAUCUGCAGAUUAGUGAGAAAAUUUAAUGUCCGGAAUGGAUGGGAGUGGUGAAGAUCACAAACCAUACAUCUACCCUAAUUCUGGAUCAUCAAUUACAGCAACAGCAGCAGCAGCUAAUUCCUUAAAUGGUGGAAACCAGAAAAUUAACGAGAACCAGGCAAUAAUCGGCUGUCCUGAUCAUCACAUGGUAAGUCUGCAGGUUCAGAGCUUCGAGGCAAACCCUGAGAUCUACAACCUGACCGCAGGCAUGGAGAUGAUGGCUUAUCAUAAUCCAACCAGAAACAACGACGAUCUGCAGCAGUGGAGAGGGUUUUACAAUAAUCAUAAUAAUAAGAUCAGUGGUAGUACUUCAGGAGGCAGUGAUUCUUGCGGUGGUCCUGGAGCAGCUAAUUCUUCCAGGGAACUGAAUGUGCCCACUUCAAGUGAUGACCAGUUUUACCACCACGAUUUGACAGCCAACGAGGCCCCGAUUAUGACAUCGCCAUGGAUUAAUAACCCUAGAUUGGUUAAUGUGGAUCAAGAUCCAUAUUCUUUGAGGUCGUGUGUUUUCCCUUGUGAAGGAAAUGAAAGGCCCAGCCAAGGGCUUUCGCUCUCCUUGAAUUCAUCGAAUCCUUCCAGGGUCACACUGCAGUCUUUUGAACUCCGACAUCACCAGCAGCUGUCUCAGCAAGGACAGUACUAUGGUUUUAUCAGGAGUUCCAGGUAUUUGAAGCCUGCCCAAGAUCUUCUUACCGAGUUCUGCAGCCUUGGAAUGAUUAAGCGAAGUGAAGACGAUGAUGAUAAUAAUGAUACCCCGAAGACGACGACAAUUAAGGUUCGGGAUGAUGACGAUGUUGCCAAGCAAUCACUCCACUCCCUCGACCUCUAUGAUUUGCAGAUUAGGAAAACGAAGCUGAUCCAAAUGCUUGAAGAGGUGGAUAGAAGGUACAAGCACUACUGCGAUCAGAUGAAGGCAGUGUCGUCAUCCUUCGAAAGCGUGGCGGGAAACGGAGCUGCGUCUGUGUAUUCUGCAAUGGCUUCGAGGACCAUGUCGAGACAUUUCAGAUGUCUGAAAGAUGGGAUUCUGCGACAAGUGAAGGCGACGAAGCAGGUGAUUGAGGAGAAGAACACGACUGUGAAUGCAGCAGGAGGUUACACCAUGAAAGGGGAGACUCCAAGACUCAAACUUCUUGAUCAAAAAUUAAGACAACAGAAAGCACUGCAGCAGAUGAGCUUGAUGGAAACUCAUCCAUGGCGGCCCCAACGUGGCCUGCCUGAAAGAUCAGUCUCCGCUCUAAGAGCCUGGCUUUUCGAGCACUUCCUCCACCCGUAUCCAAGUGACGUCGAUAAGCACAUCUUAUCUCGGCAGACGGGCCUUUCAAGAAGCCAGGUUUCGAACUGGUUCAUAAAUGCUCGAGUGAGGCUAUGGAAACCCAUGGUGGAGGAGAUGUACUCCGCCGAGCUAAAAGACAGCGCCGCCGGCGAGAAUCCGAGCCGUCCGAUCAACGACGAUGAUCGAAGAUCAGGUUUUGAUCGGACGGUCGCGGGGAAGGACACGCAAUCACUUUCUUCCAUACUCAACCAGUCUUCAGCAGACAGGAACUACAGCGGCGCCAUGGAAUUAGACUUCACAUCCUACGGCGGCGGCGGCGGCGGAGUGUCGCUUACGCUGGGGUUGCACCAGCACGGCGGGGUGAGCUCGUCGUCGUCGUCGAUGUUUUACAGUACGGCGGAGCAAAUGGAAGAGUGCCAGACUGUUCAUCAUCACUACUCCCUCCUGGAGAAUGAUCAAAGCCAGAAUUUGCCCUACAGGAAUUUGAUGGGGGCACAGCUGCUUCAUGAUUUGGCUGGAUAGUUAGUACAUUAUUUUUCUUGUUUUUUCAGAAUUCAGACGAUAUUAACCGCAAGAAUUAUAUAUAUAUAUAAUCUUAGCUAGCCUUGAA